AUGGAGUCAAAACUUCAUAUCCCCUAUCAACUUCUCACUGCUCUCUACAAAAUAUCAAAAAACCCACUCAACUACACCCCUGGGACGGUCUUCUUUUCCGAGAUCCCUGGGAGGUUCACGAGUUUCCCAGGACCAGUUCGAGUUUCCCAGGGUUUCAUAUUUUCCCGGGAGUUUCGUGUCACGAUACACACCACUCACUCUGCUCCUCUACACCGGGAAAACAGAAAAGUUCCGAUCAAUGAAUGA